ACCUUUUACUCCCAGGAAUAUGAAUGUAAUUUUCGUGGUAGCUAUUUCUAUAUCUUCAAUAUCAGGUUUAAUAGAUUCAUACUUACCAACGAGAUAUGAAGACGUAGUUUGCGCCUGUGGUGUGGGAUACAAUGCAACGUUGUCUGCGUACUUCCCAGUGUUUGACUCUGACGACAUUGCAGAUUACACUGACAGGGCUGGGACUAAGCUGCAUUCACUACAGGAAUUUUUGGAUGGUAGAUCACCUUAUGUAACAGCAUCCAUGGACCGAGGGUUAAAUUUACCAUAUGGAACGGCACUUUGUAUACCUGAACUGAACAGACAUUACAGACGCCGUAUAAAUAUUGAGGUGCGGGACACUCAUGCAGAUCUUGAUGGCUUUGGCACCUCAAAAGUUGUAAUUUGUGUUCGAUCAGUUGCUGAUAGUUAUGACCUCGCGGUAAAUAGACCUGUUAGUCUCAUAAUUGAAAAAUAA